CACAUCCAGCUCUGCGCCCGGCAUCGAAAGUUACCUACGCUCUAUUUUCCCCCAAUUUGUACAAUACAUCCCCAAUACUUCACAAUCUGAUCACAAUACUAGGUUUCCAAGGCCGCAACAUCCGUCAUCUUCGUCUCUACAAGCUAAAUAAACACAACUAUGGGGUCUGCAUUCAAGCACAAUAGCCAUUUGGGCUCAUCCUCGUCUCCUCUUCCCGUUACGCGCCCCUACACACCGCCAGAAAUGGGGUCUCCGUCUUCAAACCCGUUCUCAGACUACUCCACUGAUCCCACAACGCCAUUGAUGCUCGACAGCAAAGCAGACAUCAUAGCAGGCUCUGCCCAUGAUCACCUGUGCUACUCGUCUCCAACACCCACUACAUCCCCAUACCGACGCACCCAGACGCAGCGUCCGAGCCACCUCGAGAACAUCGGCAAGCCACGCGCGGAUACUCCGCUUGAGGCAUACACUCCCACAAAGACUUCUGUGUUACUGCCAGAGUACCCAUACACACCAAAGACGCCGUCGACCAAGAUUCCGGCCCAACUUCAAACAUUCUCUCCAAUGCCCUGGGCUGAGAACUCGUCACCCCCCGAGCAGUCUCCCGUCCAAUCCGCACUAGUCUCCUGUCUGCAAAACCUCUCAAACUUAAUUCACGAUACCCGUCCAGAUGACAAGGAGAUGGAGUACCUAAUCGGACAAUUUGAAGCUAUUAGCGGCUACCUAGCCCGCAACAGCAACCGAGAUCCUCCUGCACUCGGGCCUGGGAGUGGUACCGCGGGCCUCGAGAAUAUAUACAUGAAGGAGGUGGAGACAUAUAUCGACGGUGUCCGCGCGUAUACGCGCAACUUAAGAGUUCGCCUCGAAGAGGUUAGAGAGCUGAAUCGAAUCCAAUGGGAGGUCAUUCAGGAGCUCCGAGGCGCAAAAGUUCAGGAUGCGAACUCCUCCACACCGGAAACAGCGCAGGAACCGCCACCCGUCGUGCCCCCAAUUGUGAAGGAGGAGAAGAAAGGCAUCUGGGGUGCGCUGGGGGCUGCGCUGGAUGCCUUUGGGGCGCAAUUUUUCGAGUGGUAGAUGGCCUUUUCCGUGUUUUUGUUUUGUUCGAGUACAGAGUUUGGGACGAACCCACAAUAUGUAUGACUCCAUGAUGAUGACCCAGAGCCCUUUAGGGUAACUUAUGAUUUGGGCAUAGUAAGGUGUUUGGGUCUCCGGCUGGAAAAAAGAGAUACCCCUCCUUUCUUGUAGGACAAGAGUUAGGAACCCUCUAGCGUUUGGAGUGAUUUCAGAUUUGAUUUUUGGAUGAGUUGACUACUUCCCUUUCUAGGACCUCGG